CAUAGUUAAAAAAUGUAGAAUUUAUGGCAGAGCUGUUAUAUUGGAUUGCAUUAGAUUGCACAAGUGUACCUAAUGUAGUGGCCGGUGAGUGUCCAGUUGCUGUGGCUUAGAGAUGAAUAGAUUUAUCCUAAAUGCUGUCUGCCAGUAUAAAGCCAGCAGAGACAAACCUGUUUGUAGAAGCAAAUAUGACCUUGAGGAGGUUAAAAGGAUGAUGAAAUAUGGCGUUUUUUGUGAGUUUUGGGGGGAAAAAAGCUCAUUACAUUUGCAUCUCUUUUCAUUUUGACUACAUUGUGUUUAUAUUAAUAUGAAGUAUAUACAGUAUAUAGUAUAACUAUUAGAAAUUACAGUAGAACAAAUUUCAUGAGUUGUUGUUGUUGUUUUUAAGGUACAAAUGUCACCGACCAAAGUGCCACAACGUUGAUGUAAACUGCACAGCUUUGGUGAACUUUUGAUAGACUGCUGCUUGACCUCUCUUUUUAUCUUUAACCUUUCUAUCUCUUGCUUUGUUUACAUUGAUUGUUUCUUUGCAAAAUGUCACACAAAUAAACCGUUACUGUCGUUCGAUGGCUGUCGGUUGCAUGUAACGGUUGCAAUUUCGGAAGCAAUGACAAUAUUUUUCACAUAAACCCUUUCUUUAGUCAAAAUUAAACAAAAUGUCUGAAAUAUAAAAAGCAAAACAUCCGACUGAUCAAUCAGGCCGAUAACUGGAAUUCAAAUCAGGGUGUUACAGUUUUAAAAGAAAAGAAAAUUUAACUUUACACACAAUGCUGCACAGACUCCAAGACUAUGAUGUAAUGCAAGUCUGAUAUACAGUUGUUUUUUUUAAAAAAAAAUGAAACAUCCUGGUGUAAAAGCAAAGAAUCAAUUCCUUCCAAAAAAAAAAACUCAACUGGAAUUGCAGAGUUAAAGAUUUCCUGAGUUAUCAUCUGUUUAGUUUUUUUGAUUUGAACAAAUAAAAACAGAUAAAGUUAAAGGGGAAAAACACAGACUUCUGCUGGUUGCUACAGUUGCUGAAACAUGGACUGACAUCACGCUCCCCUAUCAAACAGUACUGAUCAUGGUAAACAAAAGAAAAUGACUUUAAUGCAAGUCACAGAUGGAAUGACACAGACACUCGGUCCGGCUAAAACAAAUAUUUCACCUCUUUAAUACGACAAUCACCACGAAAAGCUCAGACGUCUCCUAUCGGUGUCGGUUGGUCUGUGAUAUUCACUCAGAGACUCAGAUAUGGGUUCGAUCGACUGGCUGUGGGAACAACAUCGGUUUUUAAUGUAUCAAUGUUUUUCACUUCCGUUCGCAUUUUUGUUUUAUUUUCUUGCUAAACGGGGAUAUCUGUCCUUAACAUACAGGUACCUGUCUGUUUGUGUUGGAGGAUGUGUUCUGGCUAUUCUCACAAUGGGCGUCUACAGCGUUCUUCUCUUCACCUCCGCCUUUGUCUUUAUUCUGCUUGUGUGCUCUGUGGACCACAGCUGUAUCCAUGCCUGGGUGUUUGGUGUCCAGAUGUUGUGGCAAACCUUCUGGCACCUGCUUAUACAGUACAGGGAAUACUACCUGCAUGAGCCUGUCGACAUCAGAUUGUUUUUGGCGGUUUCCUCUUUGAUGCUUCUCACCCAGAGAAUCACCUCAGUGUCCAUGGACGUCCAGGAGAAACAAGUUGUGCUUCUUUUUAACGCUUCCACCCACAAGAGGGCUUGUGGGAUGUUUCUACCUCUUAUUAGCUACACCCUCAAUUUCACCACACUGCUUGGUGGCCCUUUGUGCUCCUACAGCCAAUUUGUGUCCCUUAUGGAGGGUAUCAAGCUAAACCCUCCGCCCAAUCCACUGGGCGUAGUCUCUCUAAAGUUGAUACAGGUGUUAUUGCUGGAGUGGGUACGAUAUUGUCUUGUUUAUUUUCUGAAAUGUAAUGCUUAUGAUCCCUCCAGCUCUACCGUUCUCAAUGGCAUGCUAUGGGUUUGGGGUGCGGCGCAUGUUUUGAGGAUCCAAUAUUACGCUCACUGGAAGAUCAGCGAAUGCCUCAAUAACGCAGCUGGGCUUGGAUUUUGUGAAUCAGGUUACACCACAAACUGGAGCGGACUAUCCGACAGAGAUUUCUGGACCAUCGAGGCGUCGAGCCAUAUAUCCGAUUUUGCCCGUCGAUGGAACAGUACGACAGCGUCGUGGCUGCGUAGAUUAGUGUAUAUAAGGUGCAAACAUUUCAAGUUGUUCAUGACUUUUGGUUUUUCAUUGUGGUGGCACGGUUUGCACUUGGGUCACUUUGUGGGGUUUCUGACCUGGGCAGCAACAGUGAAAGCAGACUAUUACAUACACAGGUACUUGCACCCAAAACUUUCAUCAAAAUGGAAACAACUGUUAUACAAAUGUCUAAGCUGGAUAAACACUCAAAUGAUUGUUACUUGUGUUGUUAUAACAGUAGAAUUAAGAAAUAUGUCCAGUUUGAGACUUCUGUCUGUAACAUACAUGGGUCUGUUUCCACUGUCUAAUAUAAUUGUGCUCUUUAUUUUCUUAAAAGUCAACACAGUUUAGCAGGUUAGUCAUGUGAACACUUGAGGUAGAAGAUGUAUUAUUAACUGCACAGACUGGAUAAAUGUAUUUAGAUGAUUACAUGUCUUGAGUAAUUGACGAAGAGGGUUUGGUUCUAUGUUUCAGCCGCCACUAAUGCAAAUUAAUUGGGUUUCAGGAUAAAAACAAUAUGUAUUUUUUCCAUUUUGGGGGAAAUUUCUUCUAGUAGCAUCAACUUCAGUAGGCUUGUAAAUGAAACCUGCAUUAAGAAACAUUUUGGAUAUUGGAUUAGGGAGACUCAUAGUACAAAACUGAGAAAAAGUGUCCAACUCUGUAACAAUGUGCAGCUUGUAGCACAAUGUUUUGGUUCCACCUGCAUCAGAAUGCAUGGUUGAGUGUGACUUUUCUCAUGAAUCCCUCAUAUAAAAUAACUGGCAGCAGUUUCCACCAAACAAACUCAAACAAAACAAAAAAGGGCAAGUGCACACUACCAGUCCUGUUUCAAAGAGCAGAGAUCUGACGUAAACCAGUGACUCCUACAGAAAGUCAAACCCACAUAUUUUUCUCAAUAGAUGGUGGACCAAAACAGAGCUUAAAAAGGCCAGAAAAUACUGGACUUACACUUGUCAGAUGCCCCGAAAUAUGAUUCUCCAGGUUAUAGCUGUAAAAACUUAUAGGACAGGUUCACAAUGUUUCAAGAAAACAACAGUCGGGUGUCCAGAUGAACGAUGAAAUAGGUUUUUCUUGCUGUAAUCAUUCCUCCUAUUCAUA